AUGAGACGAUCAGCAGCUCCAAGUCAACUGUUGGGGCAUUCAGCCAAAAAACCAAGAUUUAUAUCGCCAGGAAAAAUCCUGCCGAAAACAUCUGAAUAUGUAGAUCCAGAAAUUAAAACAGAUGAGGUGUGCAAGAGGCAAUUGUGUAGCCCAACUUCUGUAAACAUUCAUUCUACAACUUCUGGCUUCCAUUCUUCUGUAACAGUAAAAUCUAAAGAAGAAGAAUUGCCUUGUGAAAACAAGAAUAUGGUGACUGGGCAUUUGAAAACUGGAAUGAAAUCUCUAUGCAGACCAAAAAUAGAUCCAGCAGCAACAGAAAUAGCAAGACACCCAGAGGAGCCCAUCUGCCUUACCAAAUAUUUCAGCGUUGUAUGGUGCAAAGCCUCAAAGAAAAAGCACAAGAAGUGGGAAGGUGAUGCUGUUCUUAUAGUGAAAGGAAAGUCAGUGAUGCUCAAGGAUAUGGAAGGCAAAAACAUUGGAAAAGGCACUGGAUAUAAGUUCAAAGACUUAGACAAUCUCAGUGAAGGUCAGAGUCUGAUGAUUGGAAGCAAAGAAAUUGAAGUGAUGGGUAUGAUAUUGGAAGAGGAUUUUAAAAGUGGCAAAUGUUUUUUGUCUGGUCUGGAGGCCACAGAAGAAAGUUGGAAUUCCUCAGUUGCUUCUACAAGGCGGUUUUGUAACCCUUUCAAAAAUGUUUGCAAACCUAAUACUAAAGAAAAUUGGCCUAACUGUAAACCACGUCAUGAUCCGUUAGCUGCAAAUUCCUUAGUUAUGCCAUAUCCGUGCCCAAGUCACCAGCGAUUGUUUAACAAGUCACAUUUGCCUGUUGUGGAUGUGGUUGUAGACCCUUACAUUACAAGUCAUCUUCGCCCACAUCAGCGAGAAGGAAUUCUGUUUCUUUAUGAAUGUGUGAUGGGAAUGAGAAUGAGCAAUAGAUUUGGUGCCAUCCUUGCAGACGAAAUGGGUUUAGGAAAAACGCUGCAGUGUAUUUCACUCAUCUGGACACUCCUGCGUCAAGGACCUUAUGGAUGCAAGCCUGUAAUCAAACAAGCCUUGAUAGUAACUCCUGGAAGUCUGGUGAAGAACUGGGGAAAAGAAUUUCAGAAAUGGUUGGGAAAUGAGAGAAUCAAAGUGUUUUUAGUUGAUCAGGAUCACAAAGUGGAAGAAUUCAUCAAUUCCCCCCUUUAUUCAGUCCUGAUCCUUAGUUAUGAGAUGUUUCUACGGUCUGUGGACCAAAUUCAGAAGACAGAAUUCAGCCUUGUCAUCUGUGAUGAAGGACAUCGUUUGAAAAACAGUUCUAUUAAAACAACUGCUGCUCUUCUCAGCCUCUCCUGUGAAAGAAGAAUUAUUCUUACUGGUACUCCAGUACAAAAUGACCUGCAAGAGUUUUAUGCUUUAAUAGAAUAUGUAAAUCCUGGAAUUCUUGGUCCUUUAUCAGCAUACAAAAAAGUGUAUGAAGAGCCAAUUCUUAGAUCGCGAGAACCUUCAGCAGCUGAGGAAGACAUUGAACUAGGUGAGAAAAGGGCAGCAGAACUGAUGCAUCUAACAGGAUUCUUCAUUCUUAGAAGAACACAAGAGGUCAUCAACAAAUUCCUGCCCCCCAAAAAGGAGAGCAUACUUUUCUGUCGUCCAACAAUGUUGCAGCUUGCUCUUUAUCAUACUCUUUUGAACUCUCAGAUUGUUAGAUCUUGCCUACAAGGAAGUUUUGAAAAUAGUGCACAUUUAAUAUGCAUCGGUGCUUUGAAAAAACUUUGUAACCAUCCCUGCCUUCUCUUGAAAGCAAUACAGAAGAAAGAAUCUGAAUCUUGUGGUAACCAAGAUCAAACAAGCCUUUAUGAUGGUUUACAUGAUAUUUUUUCUCAAGAAAGUGCUCAGACAAAUUUAUCUGACUCAGGAAAGUUGAAGGUGCUAAUGCAGAUGCUGGCAGCAAUUCAUGAACGUGGACCUUCAGAAAGAGUUGUUGUGGUAUCUAACUAUACUCAGACACUAAAUAUAUUGCAAGAAGUGUGCCAACGAUGUGGAUAUUCCUAUACUAGACUUGAUGGCAGCACCCCUGUCUCCCAGAGGCAACAGAUUGUUGAUAGUUUCAAUAGUAAAUUUUGCCCAGCCUUCAUCUUUCUAUUAAGUUCAAAGGCUGGUGGUGUCGGUUUGAACCUUGUCGGAGCAUCUCAUUUAAUCCUGUAUGAUAUUGACUGGAAUCCAGCGACUGAUAUUCAGGCAAUGGCCAGAGUGUGGAGAGAUGGACAGAGGCAUACAGUUCAUAUUUAUAGACUACUCACUACAGGCACAAUAGAGGAGAAAAUCUAUCAAAGACAAAUCAGUAAGCAAGCUCUUUCUGGAGCAGUUGUAGACUUUUCCAAGGGAUCUGAGCAUAUCCGUUUUUCUGUUGAAGAACUUAGAAACCUCUUUACAUUGCAUGAAGAUUCCAAUUGUGUGACCCAUGAUUUGCUGGAGUGUAACUGUAUGGGAAAGAAAGAUAAUCAAGGUUGUCCUGUGAUCCAAGACUACCAGAGUAGCCAAAGUGAUGUGAAAGUCAAAAAGUCUCUGUCUAUGUCACAGUUGAUGCAAUGGAAACACUUUUGUGUGGAUCACAAACAACUCCCUGAUCCCUUCCUUGACAGGAUAAAAGACAACCUUACAUUUAUUUUCCAAAAUAUAACAAGUUGAGAGCAAGUUAGCUUCUUCUUAGUCACAGUGGGCUUGUAUUCAUUGGGGUAUUAUCAUUUUUAACAGCAGUAGUAGCAGCAUUAUUAAUAAUAGGAUUACUGAGGAUAAACAACAUAUAUCAAGGAUGACACUGUAUUAUUCUUUUAAUCCUUAAAAUAAAAUGG